GAGGAGAUAACGAAUAAGCCUAGGUCAAUAGGGUCUUUGCCUUGAUGCUGGGCGUAGGACAUGUCGGCGGCAUGCUGUUGAUAGCGCUUUCCACUGGGCAUCUACCCGAGGGGGGUGCAAUUGGCGGCGUUGGAGAGGUGGUGUGAUGCCCGAGGUUCUACACGUAUUGGUAGCGGCUUUGGGGCUGUGCUGCUGCAAUCGGUUGUUGGGGUUAUACAACGCUCCUCCGUACCCGCCGAACCGUUCAAUGCCAGAGCCCUAUGACGGCCAUUCUAAGAAUCCAACAGGCACACCGCUUCGCUCUCCUGCUCACGCAGCCUCGCCGUCGCCCCAGGGGAGUUUCUACAAUGGCCGCUCAACCAUCAACGCAGACUACGCGUCCCGGACCGAUGCCCGCCAUCCCGGACUUGGUUGUCCCGCCCCAUCUUGAGCGUUUCAAUGGCCCAGCACAAGAGUACAUUGUCCGUCACAAUAAACCCUGGGAUGGCAUCGCCGUGGGUGCCUUGGUGUUCUCCCCGGAGUCCAGGGUGCUCGUGAUCCAGCGCGCCAAGACCGACUCGCUUCCCGAGAAAUGGGAAAUCCCCAGCGGUGUCGUAUCCAACGACCCAGCCAGGGACGCCACCAUCAUCUCGGCCGUGGCAAGGGAGCUCUGGGAAGAGAUAGGCCUGCUUGCCCGAGCGCUGACCAGGCUCGUCACCGCGCCUGCCGUGAUCGGCUCUCCCGAGUCGGAAGCACAACUUCAGACAGAAGCGGAUGGGUUCGUCUUCAGCAACAGUACCAGGACCAAGGUGUUUUGCCGAUACGUUUUUGAGGCGGAUGUUGAGGCCUUGGUCCCAGGCGGGCAGCAUAUCAGACUCAAUCCCUGCGAACACCAGGAUUUCUUGUGGGUCUCAGAGGAGGAAAUACGAGAUGGGAUUGUUGGCGAGGAGAAGCUGGAGAUUGACUUUACUAGUAAACACCUGCAGAGGUUGAUUUCGGAAGGUUUCAGACUGAGGAGGGACUCUUGCAGUCUGAGAGAGAAUUGAAGGCUCAAUGCAGAUUUCGUCGGUGGAGAAGGACCAUAACCCGGGG